CAAUCAUAGGGUCGCCCAAACACCAGAGGGCGCUGUAACUUUUAAUUAAAGCGCUUUCUUACUCUGUUAUCUUUUUAUUUUGAAAACGGAACCGUCGCCGUUGUCCUGGUACUGAAGACAACAACUAUAAAAUCUGACCCUUUAAAGAUGGAGAGUCUAGACUUUUCUGAGGAAGAGAUUCAGCAGCAGUUAGCUGCACUUGGAUACAGAAAUAUUCCCAAACAAAGACUGCGGGAAUUCAAGCGAGAUCUAGAUCAGCUGAUUCGUCAUGAAAAGUCAAAGAGUCACAGCUCCAGUGAAUGGACUUCUCCAACAUCUCACAGCAGUAAAAGCCCACCUGCACUUAUUAAAGAAAAGGUUCAACUAAACAACAUUGGUCCCAGUUGUAACUACGUUCUCUUCAACACCAGCUCAGCGGGGCAACAGAGAGAGAUUUUCACCUCCACAUUUAAUGAGGACGAUCAAGGAGACUCUGGUAUGAAUCACUACUAUGAUUCAUAUUCACGGCACUCAUUUGCUCACAGACCAGCUCGGCCCUCCACAGCACCCAACAGGCUGGAGACAGAAGGGCCUUCUGAAAUAUUUCACUCAGUUUUGGAUGGUAGUGAGACAACAAGUCCUGAUAGAGAUCAGGCUUAUUUGAAACCUGUGAUUAAAAGAAAAGUUUUAAGAAAGCAUCAAGGUAGGUCUCAUGUCUGUGAUGAGUCCACGCAUAGUGAAGAUUCUGGUACAGUUAGUGAGCUGGAGGAGCGUUUGGACCAUAUGCGGAUCGGUGCAUCUCGUGUGCAGUAUGACUCAGAGAGUGAAGAAACAGGAAGUUACAGUGACCGAUCCAGCUCUGUGAUGGAGGAACCCCCGAGUGUUUUCCGGGAAUACAUCAAAGGCAUGACACGAUCACACAGUGAGAGUGAUAUUCGGCCUCGUCCAAAGUCAUUUAUACGGCCAGUUUUUGAUCAUCCUCACACGAGGAAUCUGAAGAAAACUGAUCCAGUGGCAAGGUAUUUCCAAUAUAAGCAGGACUGGGAGACAUAUAAACCUCCAGGAGAGAAGAGCAGGAAGGAGCUGCACUGGGCCAUCAGGGAACAACUCAUGUAUCAGCCUCCACCACCAAGACCUCAGAAGACGUACAUCCCCAACAGUUACAUAGUUCCAACAGAGAAGAAACGAUCUGCACUAAGAUGGGAGAUCCGACAUGAUUUAGCACAUGGCAUUAUCCCAACAAAAAUCUCCUAUCCUUGACAUGAAGAAUAUUCCACUGAUGCCUUAUCUUUUAUAUAUGCUUAAUGUUAUUUAUUCAUAUGAUGUUUUUUUUUACUCCAUGGAACUUGUGAAAUGAGACAAUUAGAUCACCGUUUUUAUGAAAUAAACAUUUUAUUACUCAAA